AAGGUAAUAACUCCAAUACACUUCGCUCUCUGCAAUUACUCUCCUUGAGAGUUUUUCUCUUUAGAAUAUUGGGUAUUGCUAACUUAAGCGUCGGAGUGUUUUCCCAAGGAAACUGCUUCGUGUUUUUCAGGUGUUGAAGCAGUUGAAGAUCUCUAUAGUGUAGGGAACCAUCCUCCCUAAGGAAUAGGACUAAUGAUCAGAGCGAUACUCAGCCUUUGGAGUUCAAUUUGAAUGACUUCCAGCCAAUGCUGAGAAACCUUUUCAUAAGGGGAGCGGAAGGAGUGUAGUCGAGCAGCUUUGAUGAUGAGCGAACACCCAUUGGGUAUGCAACCCAACUUGAUGAACAGUUCUAGAUUCCAACAGAGACACGAUGGAGACCCCCUAUCCAUGAUAUGUCACCAUUGGGAAGACCCUUAGAACCAACUCGAACAUCCGAGCUAGAGGAAAGAACUAGAGUUUUAGAAAUGGCUAUUGGAAGAAUCCUUUCCCGCUUGAUUCCUGAUGACCCCUUAAUUCCCUUAUUCAAUAGAGGUGAGGAGCUAGCGGAAGUUGUUGCAUGUAAUUCCCCCACCUUGAGCAAUAUAGUAGUAUUGACCAAGCUGAGGGGAAGUGAGAAGUUGAACCUUGAGCCUAGCUUGUCAAAGCACAAUGAGGAGUUGAAGAAGAAAAACGCAGAGCUUGAAAAACAACUCAAGGACAUACAGAAGUUUGUCGACAAGCUGAAAAGUCCGAGGUCGUGUCAGCAUGCCUUAGACUUGGAUAGUGCUCUUCUCAACCUGUUUGUCACUGCAGAACCUUAUCAAGAAGGUUUCAAGAUUCCCCACUCAAAAAAAGUAUUCCCAUCAAUGUUAAAGUCGAUAGCUAGAAGGUGGUAUCACAAGCUCCCUAGGCAUUCCAUCACCUCCUAUUUUCAGCUCGUUACGUUAUUCUCCAACAAGUUUGUGAGCCAACAAGAGAUAAAACACACAACUAUUGAGCUAAUGCAAGUCCACCAUAAAGAAGGAGAGUUGUUGAGAGACUACAUACAACAAUUUAACAAGGCCACUUUGGACAUUGAUAAUAUCCUUGAUACCAUUUGUCUAUCCACCUUGUUACACGGCCUUAAACCUGUUUGGCAGAAUAAGGAACCUUGGCACCAAGAGGGAAGAGAGGAGAAGAAGAAGCAAAAAGUUACUGAGCAGAGGGGGAAACCUACUGGUUUACCAAAAUAUGCAAAUUACACCUCGUUGACCUCGUCGAGGUCUCAAAGUUUAGCACAAAUUCAUCAUUGGAUCAAGAGGCCACCCUUUCCUUAUGACCAAACACGAGCAGACAAGAGUAAAUACUAUGGUUACCACCGUGGAUACAGUCAUCAUACGGAGGAUUGUCAGAGUUUGAAGGACGAGCUGGAAUAUUUAACUCCGAAUGGAAAGCUAGAAGAACAAAUCCAGAAAUCUUUCCCUCAGGUGAUCACCCUUCCCAUCUACAUGGGUACCGAACCUUGGUUUAGAAUGGUGUCAAUGAGCUUCUUAAUAGUUAAAAUGGAAUCAGCUUUUAAUGCCAUAAUCGGAAGGGCUACGCUUUGUGAGUUGAAAGCUGUCAUCUCUCAACCACAUCUAUGUAUGGAAUUCCCAACUCCUUAUGGGAUAGGAGUGUUAAAGGGAAAUCAAAAAAUGACCAGAACUUGUUAUCAUGACACUUUCAAGAAGGCCAAACCAAUAGACCCUGUGGAAACAGUUCCCUUGGACCCGGAGGAACAGAAAAAAAGGGUGAAAAUUGGGACUAAACUCACAACGAAAGAGAGGAGAGAGCUCUUUGAGUUUUUAAAAGCUAACAAAGACGUCUUUGCCUGGACGACAGAUGAGAUGCCUAGAAUCCCAACAGAAUUUGCCGUUCAUAAACUCAGCACAGAUCCUAUGGGGAAGCCGAUGGUACAAAAGCGUCGCCUUUUUGGUCCUGAAAAGCAAGUUGCCAUGGAUAAAGAAAUACAGAAACUAUUGCAGGCAGGUUUCAUAAGAAAAGUGGAGUAUUCAAAAUGGGUAUCCAACCCGGUGCUUGUUAAAAAACCUAAUGGGAGUGCCAUGUAUCCAAAGUUAGUUCAGCUCGUCUUCAAGCUUCAAAUCAUUAGGAACAUUGAAGUCUACGUUGACGACAUGAUCAUCACAAAGAAAGCUGCCUUCGCCCUUGUUUGUAUUGCUUGGAAGUUAAGGGCAUAUUUCCAGUCGGCUCAGAUUGUUGUUUUUACUGACUUGCCAUUGAGGAAGAUAUUACAAAAGCUUGAACUUUCUAGUCGGUUGAUUGGGUGGGUUGCGGAGCUCAGUGAAUAUGAUGUUAGGUUUGAGCCCCACACCAUUGUAAAGGGCCAAGCUUUGGCAUAUUUCUUAGUUGAAUGCCACCUUGUAGCUACAGAAGAAACUGUAGCUUCACAUCCCAUAUGGGCCUUGUAUGUAGAUGGAGUUGUGAAUACUAAGGGUUCUAGGGCUGGAGCAGUGUUAGUUGGCCCACACGGUUUCAAGUCAGAACACGCGCUAAGAUUUAAGUUUCAGGCAUCUAAUAAUGCUGCUAAAUAUGAGGCACUGGUUUAUCGCUUGAAAUUGGUGACUGAGUUAGGGGUACAAGAUAUAAGAAUCUUCAGUGAUUUUCAGCUUGUCGUAAAUCAGGUCAAUGGGAAUUGUGAGGUUAAAGAUCCUCAGCUAGCUCACUAUUGUUUUGUGAUUUGGGGCUUAGAAUCUUCCCCCUCAACCCAGAAAAUCCCGGUUCUGCUCUUCUCUUCCCCCUUGUCCGUCAGCUGCUAUGUGGGUGUGAGAGUUUGGGUCUUUUCUGCCGUGAGUUUCUCCCUGCAGUUGCCGCCGGCCUCUUCCCCCUGCCAUGUUCGGUUCUGCAGUUGGAAAAUUUAUGAUAGUGUUUUGGCUAAUGUUGGAACUGUUCACGUCGUGAGCACUGUUCACGAGUACUGUUCACUGGGUACUGUUCACACACCGAGGGUUAACGAUUAACGGGAUUUGAAGGUUUAGUUUGUGAUAUAAGAAUGAAAUUGGAGAUGUUCGGUUAUGUGGAGAUUGAUAGAAAUAGCACUGUGAUUGGGGGUAGCGUUGAUGAUGAUAUCAGUUUGAAUUUAUGGUAGUGCGAUAUUAAUUCUUGGAUAUUGUGAUUAGGUUUUGAUCGUUCUGUCACCGUAGCACUUGGGUUAGCUUUCUGUUCUAUGCGAGUGAGGAAGCGAAACUGAGGACGGGGAAACCGAGGGGAGUGACGAGUUAGAAGGCUAGCCAUUUCGAGAUUGGUAUAGAUUUAGAAAUAAAUCAUGCUCUUGCAA